GUUAGGCUGCGACGCAUUUUAUCCAGGUUUUGAGACAAACUCGUACUCCACAUUCUGACCUCCUAGCUGAAGAAUCGUGUCGCUUCAUCAUGCAAAUUUUUGCAAAGUUGUGUGUCUACUUAACCAUAGCUGUAAUUGGGGCAAAGUCCCAAGAAGGAAUCUGCCCACCCGGCCAGGACACGUGGUCACAUCAUAAUUGCACCUUGUUUUACAUUUGUAACAAUGGGAACCCCAUUGUCAGCACGUGUCCAUCAGAACUUUAUUGGAACCCCAUCCUAGAAACUUGCGAUCGUCAGAGUGAGGUGCCAGAAUGCGUGGGUGGGACAAGACCUCCAACCGGUACGACGCAACCUGUAACGGAGAGUUUACCCACUACAACGGAACAACCCACCACAACCGCCGAACCUAUAACGACCGCACCCACAACUGCCGCACCCACAUCCACCACCUAUUCAGGACCUCCAUCGACUGUGGAAGAAGAAACCCCAGAAACGGAGGCCCCUUUCACAACUACCACGCCCCACACGACGACUGAGGAAGCGCCAGAAACGGAAGAUACCGCUGGACCAUCAACCACGACACAACUCCCACCUGGCGUCUGUCCAGGGAGCGGGAUCGCUAAAAUUGCUCAUCCAGAAUUCUGUGAGUUGUACUACCUCUGCGUCAACGGGGUUCGACAAGAGCCACCCGCCACUUGUCCGGAUGGCAUGCUCUUUGACCCGUCCUUAUCGGAGUGCAAUCAGGCGGCGGAUGUCGAUUGCGGGUCAGCCUCUCCCCGAACAACAACCACAACGACGGAAGCGCCCACCCUCCAAUGUCCCGACCAAGGCGCGGCUGUCAUUCCAUAUCAGGGAAACUGCACCCUGUACAUUAUGUGUAUCGAUGGAUCACAAACCGUGUAUCGAUGCCCACCCGGGUAUUUGUUCGACACGGGAAAGCUUGUCUGCGAACAUGAAUCAACGGCCGAGUGCACGGUGGGAUUUGGUUGGGCGGGAUUUAUCGAACACAUUGGUGGACUGAGCGUUGCAGGGGAGAAGGAUACCGGGGCAGUUGGGACCUCUAGUUUUGCUGAGGUAUUCAGAAAACUUUGGAAUUUUUGGAAAUAAUUGACACCCCUGACGUCCUCCUGAAAUUUUUAUUCCUGCAUUGGAAAAAUUGAAGUUGAUUAAAUUAGUAACAGAUUUGAAAUAUGGAUGAUGUUAUUGGUUACAAAAAUUAGUUUACCAUAGUUAUAAAAGCAUGGAUUAUCUAAAUUGUAUUUUUCUUGGGUGAAAUAAAAUUGUUUAAAUUACGAAGA